AUGUCAGGAGGAAAUUAUAAUCCUGGUGACUCGUCAGCUUCCUCAUCUUUUGGUGGAUCAAAACAGCGAUCAUCAGAUGGCUUCCACACAUCUUCUUCUUAUUCGUCCCAUUCAAGCUCGUUUCAGUCGGCUUCUGGUACUUCACACGGUACUGAUGCAAUUGCUUCAGAUCUUCUAACUGAGAAGUCAUUUCUUAAUAAGGCGGAAGCACAGCCAGCCGAUGAAAGAACAGUUGAAAACAGACGCCAAAUCUCUGACGAAACUAGAAGAGUAACUAGGCCACCUACUAGAAUACAAUGCAAGUCUUGUGAGUUAAAUGGUCAGACGUAUAAAGGUCAUUCCCGCUUUGAAUACAGAGAAGGGUGUAUAAAUCACAGAUGUAUUUGCCACUGCGACGGCUCAUAUAAUUGUCCACCAACUAGUUCGACAGAUAUGUGCGAGCGAGAAAAUUUAGAAAACCCAAACUGUGGAACUUGCAGUGUACAAGAGAGAGAAAUCAAGGGAAAUUCUUAUUUUGACAUGAAGGAAGACUGCACCUUGUUCAAAAAUUGUAUUUGUAGAUGCAAUGGAUCAUAUGAAUGUUCGGGUCAAAGAGCAGAAAAUUUAUGUCCAUCCGAAAUAGACCCGACGGAUCCUCCAUACGUUGAAAUGCCAACAGACCUUGAUGAUACAGACGAAGAAGAUCCUCCACAGCAAUGCCAACGAUGUUAUGCUCAUGGUCGAUACCACGACGGUAAUACAAGAUUUACACAUCUAGAUGACUGCAUUGAGUAUGAUUGUGAUUGUUUCUGUAGCGGAGAGUGGGAAUGUCCAGCAGAAAGAGCUCAAAAUAUUUGCGAUUUCGACGAUGAACAACCAUCAACGUGUAAUGAAUGUGAAGUUAAUGGAGAGUUUUUCGACGGAAAUUCUUAUUUUAAAAGACAAAAUGGCUGCACUGAGUAUACAUGUAAUUGCCAUUGUGACGGCACAUACGACUGUCCAAUUAACUUGGCUAAGGACAUAUGUGAAUCAAACCAGACUAAAACCUGCUCACAAUGUGAAGUCAGCGAAACAGAAACUUAUCCCGGUGAAUCGGAUUUUGUAAUAAGGAAAGAAUGUAUUCAAUAUCAAUGCAGGUGCAACUGUAACGGCUCGUGGAAUUGUCCCGGAAGUGAAGCUAGAAAUGUGUGUAAAGGUGAACAAUUAGGUGGUUGUAGGAACUGUGAGAUAAGUCAAAAUGAAUAUUAUCAAGGGGAUACAAAUUUUAAUCUCACAAAAGGUUGCAUUGGAUAUUCCUGUAAAUGUUUCUGCAAUGGAAGCUGGAGUUGUCCUGGAGAAGAUGCUAGAGAUACGUGUAAAGGUGAGGUGAUCGGAGGCUGUAAGAGUUGUACUCUAUCAGAUCGCGAAUACUACCCUGGUGAAACGGAUUUCGAGAUGAAAAGAGGUUGUAUUUUGUACCAGUGUCGAUGCAAUUGUGAUGGUGGGUGGAAUUGUCCUGGCUUUAAAGCAAAGGACGUUUGCAAGAAUCCAGACUCAGAAACGACCUACACAAAACAAACGUGCAGUCCAUGUCGGAUUUCCCGUGGUGAAAUUCAUCAGCCAAAUACUUACUUUGACAUGGAAAGAGGAUGCUACCAAUAUAAUUGUACAUGUAAUUGUGAUGGAUCUCAUUCGUGUCCACAAUCACCGACAAAAAAUAUUUGUGAUGUAUCACCGGAUCAGACAAACGAAUUUCGGGAGCGCCAAGAACGUGAGUUCCAACGACAAAGACAACGGGAGCAAGAACGUAUGCGGCAGGAGCAACAACGUCUGGCAUUUGAAAGACAAAGACAACGAGAAGAGGCCAUUAGAAAUGCUAGACAACGCUCUAGAUUCGAAACUACUCAAACCGACAAUACUCAGGACAUCGAACGACGAAGGGAAAGGGCCAGGAGACUACGAGAGCGCACAGAGUAUGAGAGGAGUAGAAAAACCAGGGUCGAAGCAGGGGCCGUUGAAAGUAACAGGAGGGUUGAAGCUACAAACAACCGAAGAGUUGACGCUAUAGGCAAUAGGAGGGUUGAAACUACCAACAACAGAAGAGCUGAAACUACAAACAAUAGGAGAGGUGAAGCUACAUACAACGGAAGGGCUGAAACUACUAACAAUAGGAGAGUUGAAACUACUAACUAUAGGAGAGGUGAAGCUACAUACAACGGAAGAGCUGAAACUACUAACAAUAGGAGAACUGAAACUACCAACAACAGAAGAGCUGGAACUUCAAACAAUAGGAGAGUUGAAACUACCAACACGGAAAGACAGGCGAAUAGAAACGAAAAAAAUGGGACAUUUAUACCCGAAUACACCCAACCGUGUCUUAAAUGCAGCUUCGCGGGGAAAACACAUCCUGGGAAUACUAGAUUCGAAUACACCCGGGGAUGUUAUACAUAUAACUGUUCCUGUGAUUGCAACGGACGAUGGAAUUGUGAUAGAGACAAUGUAGUUUAUACUUGCAACAGAACAAGGAAUAAUCCUGUCAGACAAGUUUCCCCGCAGCCACGAAGAGAGACGCCAACUUAUCGUGUGACUUCAAACCGUCAAGCAAACUCUAGAGUUUCGAAUGCGGCAGCACUUUCAAACCCUGACACCAGUUCUCAACAGAAUGCACAAUCAACACGAAGAACAUACCCUGUAUAUCAUGCGUCACAACCUCGCAACGUUCCGCUCAAAAAUUAUGGAACGAGUAAUGUCAGAUAUUCACAGCAGACUGUAUUGAAGACCAACCCAGCCGCAACAGACAUAUUGAGAAACAAUCGUAAAAUAGACGGUAGCGCUAACCAUAAUGAACAAACAGUAAGUGCUACAAGAUACGAACAACAAAGCAGUAACGGUGCAAGCCAUCUAGGAAAGGGAACACAUUCAAUGCAUACCUCUACUCAUCACAGUUACAGACAAACCAACCCAUUCUUAAGAUACACUCAACCAAUAGGUCUUCCGGGAUAUCGAAUCGUUCCACAACCAGGCAGUCCAGACUUUCGUCCUCUACCUCCUUUACCAGGCUAUCGCACACAGACUCAUUCGUCAAGCUUUGCAAAGUACCCGAUUAAUCCUUCGACUCAUAAUUUGGGAUCUAGACAAAUAAUACCAUCAAAUGUACCAUCAAUUAAAACUCCUACCUACCCAGUAGGGGGAGUUGGUGUCUCUUAUCCUCCAGGCACGGAUGAAACAACCAACUUGGACUCAUGCCAAAGAUGUUUAGCAGAUGGUAAAUACUACAGUGUAAAUGACAAAUUUGAUAUGAAUAGAAAUUGUGUAAUCUAUAAAUGCCGAUGUAUGUGUAAUGGGAAUUACAGGUGUGCUAUUACCCCAAAUCCAACUUGUCAGUCAGGAACAGUAGACAAGAAAUGUGGAAAUUGUUAUGUUGGUGGUUUGGUAUAUCCCGGCAAUAUGGGAUUUCAGCAGAGAAAGGGGUGCUUCGAGCUCACAUGCCAAUGUAAAUGUGAUGGAACAUACGAUUGCCCAGAAGAAAAGAAAGUGAACCUGUGUCCCUCAAAUGGACCGGCACUGCCUACAGUCUCUAAUAUUCAAAGCGAUUGUGCAAUGUGUGACAUUGAAGGACAAACUUAUGCAGGCAACUCUCAAUUUAAAAUAUAUAAACAAUGUUUCGUAUAUAACUGUAACUGUGACUGUAAAGGAGAAUGGAAAUGUUCAGGCGAACAUGCUUCUGGGUGUAUUUCUGCAAAUGGAGCAGUUACUGUUGGCUACCCUGAUUUAAAAAAAUCUGGAAGUUGCACCAAAUGUGUUGUUCACGACGAGUCAUACUCUCCAAAUACCAACUUUACUUUGACUCAAGGAUGCUCACAGUACAACUGUCUCUGUAAUUGCGAUGGUAAUUGGUAUUGUCCCUCACAAUCCCCACGGGUAACUUGUGAUGCAAGAGCCAUACAAAGAAAGGAAAGUAGUUGUCAGUCUUGCGACGUCAGAGGAACAAUCUACCCAGCAGAUGCCACAUUUGUGCUUCGUGAAGGUUGUCACCAACAUACGUGUACUUGUAACUGUGACGGAACAUGGAGAUGCCCGUACAACUCAACUAUUAAUGUUUGCGAAACUCGACGAGACUCCAGCGAGAGUGGACAGGGCGUCUGCAAGAGCUGUGAUGUCAAUGGAAAGAAAUAUAUGACCAACUCAAAGUUCAAGUUCCGCGAAGGUUGCGCGCUAUACAGUUGUCAAUGUUUCUGUAAUGGAUCUUGGGAAUGUCCGUCUGAGAAGGUAGAAAACAUGUGUAGAGCACCAGAUUAUCGCAUAGAUGGUUGUAAGGAAUGUCGUGUAAGUAACCAUUCGUAUCCAGGAGGAAGUCCCUUUUCAUACAAGGAAGGUUGCUGGGAAUUCAACUGUAUGUGUGGAUGUGAUGGUAAAUAUAGCUGUCCACCUGAUCGAAGUGUUGAUGUAUGUGAAUCUGCUGGUUCCGUUUCCAGUCGCUGUAAACCAUGCGUGAUAGAAUCCAAAGUGAUCAGAUCGAAGAGCUCAUUUAAUCUUCGUCAAGGCUGUAAUGAGUAUAUAUGCGAAUGUGGUUGUGAUGGUAAACUGAAUUGUCCGGAAGAGAGAUCUAUCAAUACAUGCGAACUGGAAGGGAAACCUGGUAUAUCGAAAACGGACAAAGUAGCACAAGGGUGUAAAGUUGCAAACCGCACAUAUUUCAGAAGAAUAUUUGGUUACACUGAAAAUUGUCUUCAAUACACAUGUAUUUGUUAUGAUAAUGGUGCAUGGAGAUGUCCAGCUAGUAAGACUAAGAGAGUGUGCUAAAGUGCUUAUGAUAAUUUAGCUAAUAUUGAAAACCUUUUAGUAAUCUUUUUGAAUAUUUUCAACUAAUGUUCUGUAUAUAAGUCUACGUUGUAGCAUAUCAUUAAUACUACAUCAAAACUAUAUCAUAAAUUCAAUGUUAAUUUCCACGGUGGAUAAUGUUGAUAAUGAUAUCAAUGCUUGUAUCUGUACGAUUACCAGCCAGCAGCCAGAUUAUUGAAAUGUAUUUUACCACAUAAACUCUAUUUUUUUAAUUUCUUAUAAUUUUUAGUAAAGUAACAUAUUUUAUGAUGAAUUAAAGGCACAUAUGGGAUUGUUGGUAAAC